GAGGCUAUCUGAGCUGAGCUCAUUAUACUGUGUCGAUCCGUCACCGCUAACGUUACUUCUCUCUUUACUCCCGGCGACGAGCCGCUUCCUCUGCCUCUUAACUACUUUCUCCGGAUCCUGCGCGACCGGCCAGUCUUCUCCCAGUCUCUCUAUUUGUGUCUUUGUGUCAGCCUUAUGUCAACCUGAGACAUUUCAGCGAUCGCGUUGGCCGAGCUAAACGCAUUAGCCUAGCUUAGCUUGUCGGCUAACAGCUCUGGCUGCCUCUACGACCGAGCCAAGCCAGUUAGCUUAGCCUGCUAGCUAAGCUUUGCUAAACCUCCACCCCCCUCCUUUAAAAAACUUGACACUGACUGACACAAGUGGCUUUGGCUUGUUUGCUGACAAGCCAAUUUACAAAAAGCUCGCGUGGUAGCCAUGUCGGGCCAGUCGUCGGGCUGUGGCUUCCUCAUGUCGGUGGUGGUCCAUGGAGACUCGGCUCUCAACGAGCAGGAGAAGGAGCUCAACCAGCGGCUCAGACGGCUCUAUCCGGCCGUGAAUGAGACCGAGGCUCCGCUGCCCCGCUCCUGGAGCCCCAAGGACAAGUUUAGCUACAUCGGCCUCUCCCAGAACAACCUCCGUGUGCACUAUAAAGGUCACGGAAAAACCCCAAAAGAUGCAGCAUCUGUACGGGCCACCCACCCCAUCCCAGCAGCCUGCGGGGUCUACUACUUCGAAGUGAAGAUCAUUAGCAAAGGCCGAGAUGGGUAUAUGGGUAUCGGCCUCUCCGCUCAGGGUGUAAACAUGAACAGACUCCCUGGUUGGGACAAGCACUCUUACGGUUACCACGGAGAUGACGGCCACUCCUUCUGCUCAUCUGGCACAGGGCAACCCUACGGACCCACGUUUACAACAGGCGACGUGAUUGGCUGCUGCGUUAACCUCAUCAACAACACCUGCUUCUACACAAAGAAUGGCCACAGCCUAGGCAUCGCCUUCACAGACCUACCACCUAACUUGUACCCGACCGUGGGCCUCCAGACUCCGGGCGAGGUGGUGGACGCAAACUUCGGCCAGCAUCCCUUCGUGUUCGACAUCGAGGACUACAUGCGCGAGUGGAGGACAAAAAUCCAGGCCCAGAUCGACCGCUUCCCCAUCGGAGAGCGUGAAGGCGAGUGGCAGUCUAUGAUUCAGAAGAUGGUGGCUUCCUACCUGGUGCACCACAGCUAUUGUGCCACGGCUGAAGCUUUUGCUAAAUCCACAGACCAGGCCGUGCACGAGGAGCUGGCCUCCAUCAAAAACCGACAGAAGAUCCAGAAGCUGGUGUUGUCAGGUAGAAUGGGCGAGGCCAUCGAGACCACCCAGCAGCUCUACCCAAACCUCCUGGAGAGGAACCCAGACCUUCUCUUCAUGCUCAAGGUGAGACAGUUCAUAGAGAUGGUGAAUGGGACGGACAGUGAGGUGAGGUGUUUGGGAGGUCGCAGCCCAAAGUCUCAGGACAGUUACCCCGGCUCCCCGCGCUCCUUCAGCAGCCCCAGCCACAAGGCCAGCAGCUCCCAGCCCUACCUCCCAGGGUUCGACAGCAACUGCUGUAAUGGUGUGACAUCUAAUAAGAGCCACAGCUCCCCUCACAGUCACAAGCCCUGCACCCCCGCCUCUGGCUCCACCAUCCCAGCAUCUGACGUCAGCCUCAAUGGGAGCCGCAGCCAACAGCCCAUAACCAGUAGCGAUGUGGAUAUGGAGGUCGACCACUUCACCAAUGGAGUGACAGAAUCAUCCUCCAACGGUUUCCUCAACGGCAGCUCCAAACAUGCCACCGAGCCUGACGACUGUGAUGCCGACAUGGAGGUGGAGUCGACUCAGUCCAAGAGGCAGCUGUGCGGCGGGAGCCAGGCGGCCAUUGAGAGGAUGAUCCAUUUCGGCAGGGAGCUCCAGAGCAUGAGCGAACACCUCCGCCGCGAGUGUGGCAAGAACUCGACCAACAAGAAGAUGCUCAAGGACGCGUUCAGCCUGCUGGCGUACUCGGACCCCUGGAGCAGCCCCGUCGGCUACCAGCUGGAUGCAAUUCAGAGAGAGCCGGUGUGCUCAACACUCAACAGUGCAAUAUUAGAGACUCACAACCUGCCCAAGCAGCCCCCCCUGGCCCAGGCCGUGGGUCAGGCCGCCCAGUGCCUCGCCAUCAUGGCACGAACUGGCAGCGGCUCCUGCGCCUUCGCCUCUGUGGACGAUUACCUGCACUAGCCCAUACACACCAUACACACACACACACACACAUACACACACACACACACACACACACACUGAGAACCUGUGCAGAAAUGGCUCCCUCCACCUCCUCCAUCAGUGUAGUCCUUUUAGCCGAGGAAACGCUCCUCUGCACGAUAACGAGUAGUAGAACCACCUCACUCGCUUCUUGUUCUGCUUUUACCGAUCGGCACCAACAUCGCUGAGCAUCCAGAGUUGUUUCUGGGCAGGUCUUUCCAUUACAAACACACAUUUAAAAACAAACGAACACACAGACAAACAAACACAAAAUCUCCCUUUCCAUCGUAAAUAUGAGAAGACGCCUCCACCUUGGUCACCCCCACCUCCGGCCCUCUCGAGGCUGCGCCACCUGCAUCGUUCUGACAGACAGUGGCGGGGGACGCCGACCAAGAGUAGCCCACUUGAAAAUACCUGGAGAGCCGAACUUAUGUGGACUUGCCGCUGAAACCCAGCCCCUGCAUACCCGACAAGACUAUUAAACGAAAAAGAGAAAAAAAAGAAAAAAACCCUGGUCAAAUAUAAAUGGAGAAACAAGGAGGAAAAAAGAAAACAGAUGAGUGACCGCCAUGGCCGACCACCCUUUAACGUGGUCCCUGUAAACCUGGCUCACCAGGCAAACACACACUCAUAACAAAGACGGAGGCAGUGCGUCUCCACCCAGGCUCGCCGAGUGCUCCGGCCACCGCCAGGCUCCCCCCUCUCCCUCCUGCCCCUCACCCCUGCACCGACCCCCACCCCCCUCCCAUCAUUUCAGGACAUCUGCGGAGAUCUGUGUGACGCAUGUGGACUCGGGACUUUGAAGAAGCCAGAGAGAAUCUACAGUCUUGACUCAACGUUCCCUGUUUUUAUCUUCUUUUUUUUGUUUCCAUGGUGAAGUGGGGGGACUGGGGAGGGGAGGUUACCUGGCUCUUGUUUUUGUUUUUAGUUUUUCCAGGUUUACAAAGGCAUGGUGCAGACGAUGAUUAUUGUUAUUAUUAUUAUUAUAAUUAUCAUUAUAUUAAUUAUUGUUACUUGCAUUCACAGUAUAUUUGUUGAGCGCCAGCAAGAGCAAGUUCCACUUAUUAUAAUAAAAGUCCCGAUUCCACCAGUGACGAGCGUGUGUACAUGUUAACGUUUAUAUAUGAAUUUAACAGAAUGGAAUUAUAUCAAUAGAGUGGGAUAUUUAGUUAUCAAAUGAAAGGAAAUCAUUGAAAAAAAAAAAGUCCUUUAAUGCUUUGUACUGACACCAGCGGCUCCUGAAGUGUGCUGGUUGUUCCUAGUCUGUACAAGUUUUUAUGUCUCCUGUCUCAUUGACUCCAGGGUUCCUACGCAGGUGGGAAGCGGAUAUAUUCGACCAUUUCCUGGUCUGUAAGAAUUUGGAAAACCUAACUUCUCUUCAGUGCUGAAUCAUAGAGAUUUAGAACUUUAAUUUCACAUGUUGUGGCUUGCUGUCUUUUACUUAAAAAUGGCGAUAAACGGGAAGGAAUAUUAAAAAAAAGUUUCUGGACAAAGUCUGGAGUUUGUGUAAUCCUGUGUAGGAACCCUGCGAUGAUCUCUGACCCUGUUUUUACCUGUUACCCUCCCUGAGAACCCCCAGCUGCACAGCAGGUUUGAUGCAAACAUUGUUAAUCUUUAUUUUCGUAUCAAUGUCUAUGCUAAUUCCUUCACCCACAAAGAACUCAGGAGCCAAAAUGUCCCUUUGUUCCUCCUCCUCAGAUUAGAAUAGGAAGGUCAAACCAAGCAGCCGAGCAACCCGGGCUUUGAUUAAAGGUGGACUCGUUAUUUUUUUCAGUUUUUUGUUUAUUUUUAGCACGAUGGACUUUUCAGACUCAAAAAAACAAACCAAGUGAAAGCUAACUGAGCUGCUAUGAAGUUUUUAGUUUGGCUUCCACUAACAUGGAGGGAGUGGGGUUUAUAACCUGUACUGCAGCCAGCCACCAGGUGGCGGGCCAGAUGUUAUGGUAGGGGCUGCAAUCGUUGCAGAAAAAUAAGCAAAACUGUAAUCUAAAACACCAAGGAGAUAUGGAAUAUUUCUUUGCCCAAAAAAGAAUUUUAUUUGUUUGCUUUAAAUUUGUUGCUCGUUUUGACCUUAAACUAACCCAGACACUGAUUCGACUCUGCGUUGCGCCCUGACAGUGUUUUGCUGUCUUCUUAUUUUGUAAAGCUGCUGUUGAAAUAGCAUUCAGGUAUGAAAAAUGCUCGUCGACUCAUCACCCCUGAGGCAGCGAGCUUCUUCUGAUCACCACGUUUCAGUUUGAUCACCAGGUUCUUCUUUAUUUAUUUUUCUUUGUGCUCAAAGCAUCGACGGAGAAAAUAAAAUGAUAAAAAACAUUCAGUAUUGUCAACAGCACUGUGGCUACCACGUUUAUAAAAAAAAAAGAACCAAAUGCUUUAGGAAGACGAAGUCGCCGCCGUGUGUUUGUGCUCGCCACUCGCAGAGAAACGGGAACGCCGAGGCUUUUGCUUGACACAACAUCCAUCUUUUCCUCUAGUUUUGUUUUUCAGGUGGAACCAAGCUUUUCUGUACCCUUUUUUUCUUUUUGGUUCGUUUCUCCUUUUGUUUUUCGGAUCACAAGCAGUCACGGCAUCGUUUAGAAAAACUUUUUAGACAAAGUGUCUGUUGUCUCUUUCUGAGUAAGGUCUGAAACCUAUGCAUGCCAUAGUAAAGUGGUGGUAAGAUCAAGUUAGAUGUCUCUUAUUUUAUUCUUUUUGUUUCUCCUUCUUUUAGCCAGUUCACGGUGUAUAAGGAAGAUGUCAACCAGUAAGUUGUCCACUGCUGACUGUGUGUCCAUUUGGAGAAAAAAAAAAGUGCAAUUUGUGUGAGGGUGAAAAGAAUUUAUAUUAAAAACGAAAAAUGAU